AGUUAUGAAACAGCAUGGCAGCGGUGGCACUAAGGCAUUGUAGGAGAGGACUUUUACUCAUUUCGAGCAAUGGAGCUGUCGGGACUGUCAGGUCAAAGGUUUUUGGGGGAGUUAGACAAAAAUCUACACUGCAAUAUAUAUCACGCCCAGAUCAGCCAAAGCUAGCGUAUCGUAGAGUGAAGGGAAAAAGUCCUGGUGUUGUGUUUCUACCUGGCUAUGGUUCAAACAUGAAUGGACAGAAGGCUGAAGCCCUGGAGGAGUUCUGCAAAUCUCUAGGACAUGCCUACCUGAGGUUUGAUUACUCGGGCCAUGGAGCUUCUGAGGGUGUGUUUGCUGAAGGCACUAUUGGCACCUGGAAGAAAGAUGUCCUGUUCAUGUUAGAUGAACUUGCUGAAGGACCGCAGAUUCUUGUUGGCUCCAGUAUGGGUGGCUGGUUGAUGCUCUUGGCUGCUAUCGCUCGCCCAGAGAAGACAAAAGCGUUGGUGGGCAUCUCCACAGCAGCUGAUUAUUUUGUUACAGCCUUUAAGACUCUUCCUAUAGAGGUUAUAAAAGAGUGUGAGGACAAGGGUGUGUGGACAGUCCCCACGAAGAAUGUUGAGGAGGGCAUGUACACUGUGAGUAUGGACUUCUUACGUGAGGCGGAGAACCACUGCAUCCUGCAGAGCCCUAUCCCCAUCACCUGCCCUGUUCGUCUCAUUCACGGCCUGAAGGAUGAGGACGUACCCUGGCACAUCUCCAUGCAGGUGGCCGAGCGUGUGCUGAGCCCCGACGUGGACAUCAUUCUACGCCGGCAUGGCCAACACCGCAUGGCUGAAAAGGAUGACAUCAAACUUAUUGUCUACACCAUCGAUGACCUCAUAGACAAGCUUACCACUUUGGUGUGAUCCACGGUUCAGGAUACGGUUACCAAGCAACGAGCUUAGAAAUCGUCUCCUUAAUUAUGCCAAACGGCCACUUUCCAUUUUGUCUAAAAGAAUGUUGGAGGAAAAUGGGACAGCUCUAAAAACCCUUAUGUCUUCCCGGUUAUUAUCUUUUACAUGUUUACUCGAUGCAAUCUGUGCCAUUCAAACUUUUGCUAAAGCUGCUGUGUCACUGACAGUUAUUGUAAUGUGUCGAAGGGCCUUUUUACCAGAUCUCACACCGUUUUAUGGAAAUAAAGCCUUUAAA